AUGUCCGAACCAGAGAGGACGAACGCUUCUUCCUCGUCUGAUGGCAGUUACACGAACGAAACCAGAGACGACAAGCGAUCUAUGUCGCCCGAAAAGUUCAAUGAGAGGAGCAAGGAGCAAGAUGGAGAGCAUGAAAAUGGAAACGAUGAAGAACCAGAAGAUGGGCGAGAGACCCAACGGCACGGUCCACCGUCCUCCCGGCAUAUUCAAUUUCGCUCCCAGGGCAAUCUAGUGCAAGAAGCACAGCGAGAACCGCCACGUGAAGAUCCUCGCUCAGAAUGGGAAAUGUCACAGAAGCUGGUCAUACCCCAUCGCCCGUCGAUGCCUUACUCUCAUGAAUCGGCAGAUAUAGCUGAUACACCGCCACAAGGCCGAGGCCAGGGUGAUCAGGAGGGCGAGGCUGCAAAGGAAAAGCAACCCGAAGAACAACCGCCUGAACAAGAACCUUCCAAGGAAACCGGUCGGGAAAUAUCGAGUUUGGAACAUUUAAAGCGACGAAUACGAUCAACAACCGAUAGAUUUAAACAGAAAGCCUCGGAAAUCGGCGAACGGCUGGGCCGGCCAACAACCGGUGGAGAUGAUCUACAUCCCGGUGUGUACCAUGCAGACUGGGCGUCCGGAAGUCAACCACCAGUCUCGGACGUAACGGACAACAUGCACAAGACUGAUGAACAGAAGCGACAGCAUCAGGCACAAAGUAGCUCCGAGGCCCAUCGGCUGGUGCGCGACUUGACGCAGGGUCAUUCCGGCAAACGGCGCAAAACUCGGCCAAAACCAUAUCCACAUGGAGGAUCGAACUACAUUGGGGGCGAGGAUGAAUCGGCUUUGGAUUCUGGGUUGCGAUAUCGCUCCGGUGGUGGUGGGAUUCUUUCGCAGUUGAUAAAAUUGAAUGGUGGGAAUCAGCAAGGAGGGGGAGGAGGUAUGCCAUCACGGACACCGAGUCAGUCAUCUUUGUCCGCCCCUGCCUCUCGAUCUGAUUCCGAGUCUGGACGAACGACGCCUGGGAAGAAAGCCAAACCGCCGAAGUGGUACAAAAGGCCCCCCAAUACCUCUACCUCCACUUUAGUCGGGGUGUCGGGUAACCUGAGCGGAGCUAGUACGCCAGUCUCGAGCGAGGUGCUGUCUGCUGCAUCACAGCGUCGUGGGGUUCAAGCCGAGCGUAAGAUGAAUUUGGAAGACGAAAUUAGAGUGACCGUUCAUAUCGCGGAAAUUAUUUGUCGACAGCGAUAUAUCAUGCAGCUAUGCAGGGCGUUGAUGUUAUUCGGAGCGCCGACCCAUCGGUUGGAAGAAUAUAUGCAGAUGACCGCCAAAGUGCUGGAGGUGGACAGCCAGUUUUUGUAUCUUCCCGGUUGCAUGAUCAUGUCAUUUGAUGAUCCAUCAACGCGAACGACGGAAGUCAAACUGGUUCGCGUCGGACAGGGAGUUGAUCUUGCACGACUCGCUGAUACCCAUCUCAUUUACAAAAACGUCAUCCACGACGUGAUUGGGAUCGAGGAAGCCGUCCAGGAAUUGGACGAUGUGGUGAAGAAAAAGCCCCGGUAUCCAAAGUGGAUGGUCGUGUUGGUGUACGGCCUGGCCACUGCCACGGUUGGCCCGUUUGCAUUCAACGCUCGCCCAAUCGAUAUGCCAAUCAUCUUCAUCAAUGGACUCUUGGUAGGACUUAUGCAACACGUGGCUGCGCCUCGAUCGGUUCUAUAUUCCAAUGUUUUCGAAGUGACAUCGACCGUGGUGACAUCGUUCCUGGCCCGCGCUUUCGGCAGUAUCCCACGUGCUAUCAUCGAUGGCAAGCGCCAGUAUCUCUUUUGUUUCUCAGCGAUCUCCCAAUCUUCGAUUGCAUUGAUCUUGCCAGGGUUCCUUGUUCUGUGCAGCAGUCUCGAGCUGCAGUCUCAUCAGAUCAUCGCUGGGUCGAUUAGGAUGGUAUACGCGAUCAUUUUUUCCCUUUUUCUUGGCUACGGCAUCACCGUUGGCACUACGAUCUAUGGUCUUAUGGAUAACGAAGCCGUAUCGGAUAUCCAAUGCCCACAGCUAGGCGCUUUCAAGAAUCCCUAUGUUCAACGCUUUCCAUUCGUGACAAUUAUGACUGUCUGGCUCUUGAUCAUCAACCAGGGGAAAUGGAAGCAACUUCCGCCUAUGACCAUCAUCGCGCUAUCGGGCUACAUUAGCAACUACUUCAGCACGAAGAAACUAGGCUCGAAUUCGCAAGUUGCGAAUACCGUCGGUGCAUUUACCGUGGGAAUUAUGGGAAAUUUGUAUAGUCGACUAUGGCACGGCCACGCUGCGACUGCAAUCUUGCCAGGCAUCUUCAUUCUUGUGCCAUCUGGCCUAGCGGCUACAGGCUCUUUGAUCUCCGGCGUACAGUCUGCAGACCAGAUCAGGCAAAACGUCACUUCGCAUGGCUCGGCUAGCUCGGCGCCUGGAGCUGGGUUGCAAUCAAGUAGCUCGGUCUUUAGCUUGGGAUUCGGUAUGAUCCAGGUGGCGAUUGGGAUCACCAUUGGUUUGUUUAUCGCAGCGCUUUGUGUGUAUCCGUAUGGGAAGCGUCGCAGCGGACUGUUUAGCUUUUAG